GUUGACACACUUUUAAGUUGGUUGCACUUAAAAAGCCUACAAGUGAAAUCGAAACCAGGAAUUGCUUCCCGAUUGUAUUGCUUCCUGAUUGAAUUGUUUUUCGAAUAAGCUUUUUAAAUUGUAUUUAGAUUUGUGAAAAAUAAACGACAUGGGCGAUUCCGAUGAUGAAUACGAUCGCAAAAGACGUGAUAAAUUCCGUGGUGAACGAAGUGCUGGAGGUGGUGGUGGCGAAAGUUAUGGACGCGGUGCUGACCGACCGGAUCGUUCAAGAGCCAGAGAUGAUUGGCCUGAUCGAGCAAGACCACGGCAAGAUUACCGCGACUACAGGCCUCCGCCAAGAGAUCGUGGAUAUUCUCCAGCUCGAGAAGCACCAGUUAAACGUAUGCGUGGCGAACCAUGGGGUGACGAAGGUCGGCAUAGAUUUACAGGACAUGACGGCUAUGGUAUGUAUGGAUACACACAUGAUCACUUUGGCAUGCAUCCUGGAGCUAGUGCUUACGGUCAUCAAUCAGUUACGCAUUCAAGAGAAUCAGUGGCCACUGGUGAUUUGCAAACUCAGCCAUGUAUGAUGACUUUGAAACAGUUUCUUGCGACGCAGGACGAUUCUAUCUCGGAUUCCGAUGCAAUCACUAAAUAUAACGAAUACAAGCUUGAUUUUCGACGACAGCAAAUGAAUGAAUUCUUUGUGGCACACAAAGAUGAAGAAUGGUUUAAAAUCAAGUACCAUCCAGAAGAGUCGCAGAAAAGAAAGGAAGAGCAACUAUGUUUUCUAAAGCGACGGUGUGAAAUAUUUUUGGAAUUGUUGAAUUCAAAGGACAUCAGUAAAGUGUUCGUUGAUGCUUCCAACAGCGAUGCAUUGCUUCGUCUAUUAGACACGGUUGUCAUAAAGCUAGAGGGAGGUACUGAACAAGAUUUGAAAGCACUUGAUGAAAAACCUUCGAGUGUUGAACCAAUGGCUCGCUUGCCAGUUGUGCAGUCAAUCGAUAAAACUAAAGAUGAAACAAAAACAGAUACUUUAGGAGUAGCUUCGCCCCAAGAACUCGGCAUCAAUAAAGAAACAGAUUCUUCUAAUCAAGACGAUAAUAUGCAUAAAGAAAACAGCCAGAUAGAGAGCAUGAAUGCAUCUAGAAAUGGUAAAAUAAUGAAUAUCAAUGAUGAACGUUACACUGAAGAAGAUAUGAAACAAGAAAAAAAUGAAUUGAAUGAAAUUAAAUCGGUCGAAAAAGAGGUAGAAGAAGAUAACAGUAAUGAAUUACAACAAAACAAUGAAAAUGAAAUUAACAGAAACAAGCGGAGUCGGUCAGAUUCCGCGUCAAGUUCGUCGUCUUCCAGUUCGUCAUCAUCAAGUGAUUCAGAAGAAGAUAAAAAUGAAACUUCAAACAAGCAAGAUAAAGAAGAUGAAGAAAAUAUUUUAGGUCCAAAAAGCCCUGCACAAGAUAACGCUUCUAGUUCGGUUAGUCCGAAGGAUAAAUUAGAUUCGGAACAAAAACCCAACGAAUGUAAGGAAGAUUUCCAUGAAGAAGAUGUAGCCAUGGAUGAAAAUAGCAGUAGUAAACCAGACAAAGUUAAAAGACAAUCUGAUUCUGAGGAAGCUUUAAAUGAUGGCCAAUUAAGUGAUGCCGUAAUGACAAGUACAGAAGAAAAAGAAUCGCAAAAUACAACAGCAAAUCAAUCUAAUCCGGAAUCUAUUGAUUUAGUUAAAGAUUCAACUCCAGACAUAGGCCCUCGUGCGCUACAUCGUACUAGCUCCAUUUUUCUUCGAAAUCUAGCUCCUUCUAUUACAAAAGCUGAGGUAGAAGCUAUGUGCCGCCGAUAUAACGGGUUCCUCCGUGUAGCUAUUGCAGAUCCAUUGCUCGAAAGGCGAUGGUUCCGACGAGGUUGGGUCACUUUUAAGCGUGAAGUUAACAUCAAAGAAAUUUGCUGGAAUUUAAAUAAUAUACGAUUACGGGAUUGCGAACUUGGUGCAAUCGUGAACAAAGAUCUAAGCCGGCGAGUUCGCCCAAUCAAUGGAAUUACAUGUCACAAAACUGUUGUUCGCAGUGACAUUAAACUUGGUGCCAAAAUUGCUCACAAUCUGGACGACAAAUGGGGAUUAUGGAAAAUAUCAAAAGACCAUUACGACGCAGAAAGUUUAGAUAAAAAUGGAAGUGGUGGACAGCCGGAAGAAACUUUCGGUUUGCAAUCAAGGAAUCCGGUCUUGCAAAACAUUACCGAUUAUUUGAUUGAGGAAGCAUCAGCCGAGGAAGAGGAGUUGUUGGGUUUGUCAGAAGAAAACAAGAAAGGGGUGGAAGGCGAAAUGAUUGAACGAGAUCCUCAGUUAAUAGAAGUGCUUGACAGGCUCAUACUGUACCUGCGCAUUGUCCAUUCGGUGGAUUUCUAUAACCACUGUGAGUAUCCAUACGAGGAUGAGAUGCCCAACCGAUGUGGAAUCAUUCAUGCUCGUGGACCGCCUUCACAAAGCAAAGUGAUGAACAAUGAAAUCCAAGAAUAUAUUCGCACGUUCGAAGGCAAAAUGGUGUCGUUUCUUACAAGAAUGGUGGAUCUAGACGAAGCGGAAAUGAAGAAGCUGGGUGCAAAGGACGCUGAAGCUGAAGUGGAAAAAUUUAUAACUGCAAACACACAAGAACUAGCAAAAGAUAAGUGGUUAUGUCCAUUGUCUGGCAAAAAAUUCAAGGGACCAGAUUUUGUUCGCAAACACAUUUUUAACAAACAUGCUGAAAAAGUAGAUGAAGUACGGAAAGAAGUAGAGUACUUUAAUAACUAUCUCAAGGACUCUAAGCGACCUCAAUUACCUGAACACCCAGGAAAUACAAAGAAACCGGGAUCGGAAAGCACGGUAUCAGCUGCAAAUGUUAGCGGUGCAGGACAAAGCUUUCGAAGCCAACAGUUUGGGGUGGCCCACACUUAUGCGCCAAUGUAUGCAGCAUAUGCAGCAGGCCCCAUGAUGGCUCCUAGUGCUCGAGGUAGAGCAGCAUUUGGACGCGGAGGAAGAGACCCAGCGGCGAACGCUCGACGACCGAUUAUUGCCUACAGUGACUUGGAUAUGCCUAAUUUCAAUGAUAGUUUCUUUUAGGUAUUGUAGUACCACUCACGAG